GGUCUGAUUGAAGACACCGAAAAGUAUUCCUUCCCAUCUUCAUCGACUACUGUAUUGCAGUUUUAUCGUUUCCCGAGAAGGUCCUAGCCAUGAAGUGGCCAGCAUUACCAGCCCGAGCUAGUUAUCUCGCGCUUAGAAAUCCGAAGCGACGAAAUGCAUUGUCUCUAGCAGUUCUGAGAGAUUUACGCGAUCAACUCAUUAGAUAUAAUACAUCGCCAGUGGAUGGCAAGCUUCGGAUACUUCCACCCUUCAGACCGGAGAUACUGGAUGAGCUUGAAAGUGCUGCCAAACAUCAUGAUCCACAGGCAAUGGAAAAGUAUGGCUGGCUACUUGAUUCCGCCGAAUGGCAGAAACAUCGUCGAGGUCUGCCUAAUGUUGUCGUCCUUCGCAGCGAAGGACAUGUGUUCUGCUCAGGGCAUGAUUUGGGCGAGCUGAGCUCUCUGAGUCACGAUGGAGUCAAGGAAACGUUUCGACUUUGUGGCGAGAUCAUGUCUUUAAUCCGACGUUCGCCAGCGCCAGUGGUUGGGGUUAUUCAAGGACUCGCCACGGCCGCCGGUGCCCAGCUGGCUCUUACCACCGAUCUGCCUGUUGCUUCUGCUAGCACACAAUUUCGCUUACCAGGGGCCAGUAUAGGAUUACCUUGCACGUCGCCGUCGACAGCUGCAUCCCGCCGACUUGGCCCAGCGUUCACUUACAAGAUGCUCGCGCUGGCAGAACCAGUCCGUGCGGAUCAAUUACCUGGGGGACCUGUCGAUGUUGUGGCAGAUGAAGCAGCGCUUGAAAAACGGGUUGAACAGAUCAUCAAGCAAUUGGCAGAAAAGACUGCAGCUCAACCACAAGCCCUAGGCAAGUGGGCAUAUUGGACGCAAUUAUCCUUGACGGGACAACAAUCGGGCGGUGAUGGUUAUGAGGAUGCUGUGCAGUGGGCUGGAAGGGUAAUGGCCCUGCAUGCCAGAGCUGACGAUGCGAAGGAGGGUAUGCACGCUUUCUUUGAGAAGCGAGAACCCAAAUGGAAGUUAUAAAACACCUUGAGUAGUAUAGCACAAAUACAC